UAUGGAGGGAAAAAGUGCCCAACGUUUUCCGUCAAUAACAGUUCAAAAACUUUCCAGAAUGGCGCUGGUGUAGACACUUGGUAUGGUAUGAAUGUAGCAAUUGUAAAUGUAUUGUAAUUGUUUAUUUCUCAAUCCUACUGUAAUAAUAUUUGGCGCUUCUUUUGAAAUUUACCAUGAUGCUAUUGUGGCGCCACCUCAAUUGGUUCAAUUUCGACGGACACUUUUCAUAUAUACAGAAAUGUUACUCCUUACUUAUGAGCAUUAAAAAAAAAAAAACUACACGUUAUAUUUGUUAUUGAAAUGUUUUUUUUUAAGUUGGCAGCACUGCAUGCAUUGACUUUCACAAAUUUAGAAGAAAGUAAGUGGUACCAAUGGUACAAUGAGUAGUACUGAAUGAGUCAUGCGCACACCUAUACAAGGUAAAGAUAAAGAGAUAUAUAAAAGGGAACAACAAUAAUACUUCUGUUAAAGGGACUACUACUUGAGUGUAUACUUUAUUUCUAUUUUAUUCUUUAUAAUAUUUAAUUAUAUUAUCCACACAAAAUAUUCGUCAGGGUACGAUAAUAUGUUGUUGUAAAAUAUUUUUGAUAAAAAAACUAAAAAAAAGGAUCAACGACUCAUAUUUAUAUUUUAACAUUUAAAAUGUGUGAUGAAGAAGCAAACGUUGAACAAAACGAAAAUGAUCAUCAAUUUGACAAAGAAGAAGAGUUCAUGUCAUUGUUGGAUCUUCCAAUCGAGAUAUUUCUUCACAUCUGCUCAUUCCUAGAUGCGGAAACAUUGAUGCACAGUUUGAGUUUAGUUUGUAAACAAUUUUACGAAGUACUGAACGACGAUUUGUUCUGGAAAAUGCGAAUUAACCAAAUAUUGCAAAAUACUGGCUAUCCGAUAUUGCCUCCUGCUGAGGACGAUGAACUUUUUUGGAAAUUGUCAUGCGUAGCCAUUGAGAAACAAACUUCAUUAUGGAAAAAUGAAAAUUCGAUGGAAAAGUUGUCCCUUACAAAUGUACAAUACAGUACUAUAGAUGGCCUUCUGUUAAUGCACAAAGGAAAAAUUUGUAUAUCUGGAGCAAGAGAUCGUUCUUUGGCAUGUUGGAGCCUUCCCGUUGAAGAAAACGAUCAUGUGAGAUAUACUUGUAUUGAUUUGGCACAUAACGGAUGGAUAUGGGAUUUAACAGCGAUAGAUAACAUGGUCUAUAGCUGUAGUUGGGAUCAAAACAUCAAGGCUUGGAAUCUUACAACUACUGGUCUUGUCCACUUCAAAACUUAUGAGAUGAUCGUUACAGGUGCUUUGCUUUGUAUAGCUUCUUGUCCGGAAUUAGCACUCUUCGCUACAGGCUCAUUUUGUAAAACAGUAUUGGUAUUUGAUUCAAGAUCAGGAUAUAGUCCUAUUGCAAGAUAUCAACCACAUCAAAGAGCCGUUAUUAGACUUGCUAUGAAUUCUGAUUAUAUAUUAUCUGCAAGUGAGGAUAAAACUGUCUCAAUAUGGGAUCAAAGAGUUAGAAGAAUCAUGAAAACAGUUACAAUUUCGAAAGAAUCAUUUCCUAUGAGUAUGUCGAUGCAAACAAAUUUGGUAUACGUUGGUGAUAGUAAUGCAAAAUUACACGUGUUAGAUUUAAAGAGUGGAUUUGAACCUGUUAAAUGUUACGAGACGGAACAUAAGAAAGGAAUAACUGGUGUUCAUUUUACUCCUGGAUGCGUAAUAACAAGUUCCAUGGAUAAAACAGUGAGAAUUUCAAGUCCCACUGAUCCACCACAAAAUCUUACAACUCUGACUUGUGGUUAUGGGGAAAUAGCUAGUAUAGAUUAUUUGAACAAUGUACUUGCUGUGUCUGGUACCGAAGGAAUAGAAAUUUGGAGACCUCGCGCAAGAACAUGAUGUUCAUGAGUCUUAUUAUUAUUAUUAUUAUUAUUUUUAUUAUUAUUCUUAUUAUUAUUAUUAUUAUUAUUAUU